CGAAAAGGGACCUUCGUGACGUUCAUGGAAAAACGUCACAAUCGAUCAAAAAAGUAACGUUGUUGUACAGACGAUAAUUGCCGGGGGAAAAAAACCAAACGAGACCGCUAAAAAGAGUUUUCAACAGAGAUAAUACCACAACUACUGGCAUCCCAUGGAUCUACAGGAUCUAGGACACUUAGACGAUGAGUAUUUCCCCCAUAGGCCCACAAGAUUAUCGAAAUACAAUCCUGGGUUAGAUGUCUCCGACGGUGAUGUAAGCGAUGAUGGCAGUGAUGAUGAAAUCAACAAAGGCUUUGAUCGACAAGAAACUAUCAGAAACAAAAUCGAUAUGUUUGGAAAAAACUGUUUCACCGACAACAACGAAGAAAGUCAAAGUGAAGGUGAGGAGGACACUGCUUGUAAUGGAUACAACGAUCUUCAAAGUUUAAAGCAGAACACUACUACAGCCUGUUCUUGUGGUAAAAACUGUUUAAAAAAUAUCGGUGUAGAAGAGAUACAGAACUCAAUAUUGACCACAAAGGAACUCACUAGGGAUGAAAAGGACAUGUUUAUAAUGGGAAGACUGAUGUGUACUGGAUUUGGUAGCAAUACCCAACGUGGGAAAGAGAGGAAAAGGAAGAAAUACGCAUACUAUUUCCAAAAUCAAGAAAUUUGUAAAGGUUCCUUUCUUUUCGCCUACGGAGUUGGAUCAAAGUAUGUGAAAAAUCUAGUUUCCCACAUGAAUGAAAAUGGACAUGUUCCACGGACACACAAAAACAAGAACAGACGCCCAUCAAAUGCUUUCAAUUUCGAUGAUCUUAAGAACGCAAUCGACUACAUCCAGAAUUACGCUGAAGAAUUUGGACUUCCACAGCCAACGGUGAAAAACAAAAGCAUCCCCAUCACAUAUUUACCUUCAUCGGGCAGCAAAACUACACUCCAUUCUUUGUAUUCUACAUCAUGUGACGAGUUGGGUAAAAGAAAAGUGGGACUCACAACCUUCAAACUUCUGUGGAAAGACUGUUGUCCUCAUAUUAAAUAUAUGACACCCCGAUCUGACAUAUGCCCUAUAUGUGAGGAUUGUAGAGCAAGAAUUUCAACGGCGGUUGGGUUAGUUGAGAAGCAAGAGGACCUGCGCAUUUUCACAGAACACUUGUCAAAGGUUGAGAUGGAACGACAGGUAUAUAAUGAUGCAGUGAAGAAAGCAAGAGAUGAAUCUAGUACAUUCGCAAGACCAGCGGGAUUACUUCCUCCAUGCUCAACAAAUCUUCAACAUGUCCACUACACCUUCGACUUUUCUCAAGCGCUUUCCAUUCCACAUCAUGCCAGACAGGAGGGACCACUUUAUUUCUUGACACCAAGAAAGGUGCAGCUUUUUGGAGUUGCCUUAGAGGGAUGUUACCAGCAGGUGAAUUAUAUAGUUGAUGAAGACCAGGGAAUGGGAGAAAACGGGGCUGGCGUCAAAGGUUCAAACGGUGUGAUUUCUAUGCUACAUCACUGCCUUACAACAUUUGGAUCUGGAGAAAAAGAAUGCAUUAUCCAUUGUGAUAAUUGUGCAGGUGAGAAUAAAAACAGAUACGUACUGGGGUAUCUGUCGUGGCGGACACUGUUAGGCCUACACAAGGAUAUUACCCUUUCAACGCAGGUGCCCUAUCAUGGACGUUGUCUGGUGGAUGCUGGAUUUGCCAACAUCAAGCGUUUGUACCACAGGACUGAUGUUGAUAGUUUAUCCGGUUUAGUGGAUGUCAUAAACAGAAGUGCCAAGUCAAACAGAUCGGUGACAUAUCUAAAUGAUGCGGGGGAACACAACUGGGAAUGGUUUGAUUGGAAGACAUUUAUAUCCCAGUACUUUGGCCCAGUAAGAGGCAUAAGGAAAAUGCACCAUUUUAGAUUCUCUUCGUCAUUUCCUGGAAAGAUGUACGUCAGAGAAAGGGCUGAUCAGGUAGAGACCGAAAUUGUAUUAUUAAAGUCUGCUGUUACACCUGAAGACCUGACAGCUAAUACCGUGAUGCCGGAUAUUGUACCACCAGGAGGGAUUUCUGCAGAGAGACAGAAAUACCUCUAUCGUAUGGUCAGACCAUUUGUCAGGGAUCCUUAUAAAGAGCUGACUUGUCCGAAUCACGAGGAAUAAUCACACCAUAAUUUGGCCUAUUAUUGAAACUCUAUGUCAUUAUUGGAAUGAAGUAUAGAUACUCUAACAUCAUAAAAGAGCUUA